AUGAAGGGAAAUCUGAUUUUCGCCAACGGUUUCCAGAAUGCGGAAUCGAAUCCAAAUGCCCUGUGGAAGUGGAAAGGAAUCGAUCUGCAGGCGAGAAAGCCCGAGGGCAAGCUCUAUCCGGUGACGGAAUUCUUCCACGAGAAGAUCGACGACGCCGUCCUCGGCCCCGGAGUCGGCGCCGGAAUCGGCUGCGGCGUUGGAUUGGGGUUCGGAGUGAUCGGCGGCGCCGGCUUACUCAGCUCGUCGUGGAAUGAUCUUAGAUUGGUAUUUGGCGUCGGAAUUGGAUGCGGAGCCGGCGCCGGAGUCGGGUUCGGGCAGGGUUACGGCGGAGGGUUCAGCUUGGAAUCGCUCAGAUCUUAUUGGUCGAAGCCGAGAUCUAAAUCUAAGAGGCGGGUCCGGGUUUAG